CUCUCUCUCUCUCUCUCUCUCUUUCUCUUCCUUUUCGACCGAAUCGUGAUAAUGAACUGAGAGAUAUUCAGGGUUAUGCCAUUUAUAUACUUCGGUGAUUGACAACAAUGCUGACAUUGUGAAAUCAUUCAUUUUUAAGAAAUGUUUGUUGUCCAUUUGUUCUUUCAUACCGGAAUUAAACCGAUUUUGGAUUUAACUAAUUAUAAAAAUUGUAUUUUUUUCAUCGUUAAUAAAUUUGUAUAAUUAAAAUUAAAGAAAAAAAUAGAUGAAGAAGUAAUAAUAACUAAAACAAGUGAAUAAUGUUCUAGAAGCCCCUCUUUUUUAUCUACAUCGAUUAUAACUUCCUGAGAUUUUUACUUCCGUAUUGUACGGAAAAAGCAAAGAAUCAACAAUAUGUUGAAUUUUAACAAAUUUAAACAAAUAUGAAAUAUUUGAUUAUAAAAUUAGGACUUCCUUUUCUUUGCUAACUUCCUUCCACCAAUUUCCUGAAUCCUUGACAUCUCUUACGUUACUCGUUAAAAAUAUUUUGAAAAAAUCAUAACAUUCAUCAUUAACAUCUGUAAAUAUCAAAUAAUACGGACAUUGCAAGAUGUAUGUCGAAAUAAUGAGAGAAAAGAAAAAAAUUCGAUGUUCAUGCUACUACGUGACAUAUAUAUAUAUAUCAACGACACGAUGGAUAUUACUACAUUCGCAUAUUUGCAAGACAUCGUGAAUAUUCGUAAAGAAUAAAAUUCUCAUAAGUUCUCGUUCGUUUUAGUUAUUAUUUGUCAAUUUGUAGAAAAUAAGAAAAGUAUAAAUUUUGUUUUGAGAGAGAAAGAGAGAGAGAGAGAGAGAGAAAGAGAGAGAUCAACGAAGUAUUUUUUCUGUAUAUUCAAGACAAGAAUCAAGAUGAAGAGGCUCCUAAGGAGCAUAGUCUGUUUAACAAUUCUAGCAGUAGGCUUUUCAACGGGUAUUGUCGACAAACAGUUGUUACCAGAAUUGUCAUUCACUCUCAAUGGACACAGUCUUGAAUGGCCUUGUCAAAGUACGAAAAAUAUCUACGAGACAAGUGGUCGUUACGUGGCUAGAAAUGUAAUAUCAACAAGGAUGCAAAUUUACAAGGACGAUGCGAUCCUAGCUCUACCACGUUACAAACCUGGUGUACCUUUCACCUUAGGAGCCGUAUCUUUGAGAAGUAAAACCUGCUCACCAAUGAUUUUGCCGUUUCCUUGUUGGGCGAUACAAGAAGAAGGUAAUUGUGAAGCUCUGCAAAGUGCCAUUGACAUUGUACUCGAUAUUCAAGAUAUUCUUUGGGUUCUUGAUACUGGUAUCGUUAACACGAUGACUCAACCGGUUAGAAGAUGUCCUGCUAAAGUAGUUGGAAUUAAUGUUAAAACUGGCAAGGUGGUUAAAAUUAUUGACUUAAGUCAAUUAGUACUUCCAUUAUCCCAUCUUCAAUAUAUGCUCGUUGACUAUGCAGAAGAUGGCCAAGUUUACAUAUAUAUUUCUGAUGCAAUAAACAGAGCUAUCAUCAUUUAUAACGUCACAGCAGAUCGUGGAAACAGAGUGAUUCUACCAAAUACUGUGUCUGCCGGUUUGGAUAAGCCCGACGUGUUGUACAUGACACUUGUUCGAAAAUCUGACGGUACAUCCGUCGUAUAUUUCACGUACUUAGGAUCUAGUAGACUUUUCGGUAUCAGAGCUGCUAAUUUGAGAAGUGGUGAUCUAAAUGGAUCAAUCGAAGAAGUUGGUUUAAAACAUCAGAAAAUUGUUCUACUUGGUAGUGACAAUGGACCGGCCAUUUUCUUCCGGAACAAAGGUGAAUCCGAUAUUUAUAUGUGGAAUACGGAAACACCGUUCAUACAAGAGAACUUCCUUUUAGUACAAAAAGAAGGUGAUUGUCGAUUAUCGACACAAGUUGUACCAGGCUACAAAAAACUCAUGUGGACCAUUGAAAGUAACUUCCAGGAUUAUAUAUUGAACACAGUGAGCUGUUCAGGUGCGACAGUUUCUAUUCAUCCCUUAAUGAACUCCUGCGAUGAAUAAAUAUAUUGACCGGACAAUAAAAUGAACUACAAUGGAAUAUACGAUUAUCGAUCAAAUAAAUCGUAGUUUCAACACAACGAACAUCGUUUGCUUUCGAAGAAAAGCUAAUCGUCAUCAGUUUUCCUGUUUAGGAGAAAAAUGAUAAUUUAUGUACAAAUAAAAUGAUUAUAUGCCAUAUAA